AGUGUGGGUUGCUAAAUGCUCCAGCCUCACAGGGACGAUGGUGGAGGGCUGCUAAAGAUGGCGGCGCUGUCUGAGGAUGGGAGGUACGGAUUAAAUUGUGGCCAACAGAGCGCCGACAGAGUCACCGUGCUCCACGUCAAAUUGACCGAGACGGCGUUGAGAGCGAUAGAGAGCUACCAAAGCUGUGUGAACGUACCUUCCUCGCAGCCAACAAUACAAUUUAAGGGACUUCAAGGGCGCAUUAAAAUUCCCAAGACCAAUUCCUCAUCAGACACCUUCAACAUUUUUGAUUUCUACCUGUCCAAUGUGGGCAAGGACAACCCUCAGGGAAGCUUUGAGUGCAUCCGUCAGUAUGCACCAAGUUCAGGGGCCUCACACCUGGCAUUAUUGGCAACAGUACAGGACAAGGUCACGGUGUGCGCCACAAAUGACUCCUAUCAGGUGACCCGGGAACGCAUGACACAAGCCGCAGAGGACACGCGUGAACGUGGGACCAAAGUCAUCAAACCUGGGGGCCAGUACAGAGGAAAACAAGUCCAUAUACGUAAGCCUGCACUAUCAACCCCAGAAGUGGUCCCGGAGCGCAAGCGCUCCACACCCAUUAACCCAGCCAACACGAUUCGCAAGUGCCUUUCAAAUAACCCUGUGUCCCAGCGGCCGUUUCGGGAUCGCCUCAUCCACCUGCUGGCGCUGAGGUCCUACAAGAAGCUGGAAGUGCUCGCCCGUUUGCAGCGGGAUGGUAUCAACCAGAAGGACCGGAACUCUUUAGGGAGUACCUUGCAACAGGUUGCCAACCUGAACCCAAAGGACAACACAUAUUCUUUAAAGGACUUUAUUUAUCGUGAUGUCCAGCGAGACUGGCCUGGUUAUUCUGAAGAUGACAAAACCCAGGUUGACCGGAUCAUAGCUCGCAAAUUAGGUCUUCCUACUGAGACACUUUCAUCAAACAGUCCUCCCAAAGACGCUGUCCCCACUUCCCCCCAGAAACGCCAGCCAGACUUUGACUUCAUUGAUCCACUGGCGCCCAAGAAAGCCCGCAUCUCGCACCUCAGCAAUCGAGGGCCAGCUGCAUCUUCAUCCUCCUCCUCUGACCGCCAUGAGGAAGAGGGCAGCCCCAGCUCUAAAAGCUCGUCCCUACCCUCAAAUGUCACGUCGGGCCCUCCCACCCAUCUCCCCAUUUCCUCUCACCCUCCAGCACUCUCUCACCAGCAGCCCAGCCCCGCCUCCAACUCCCACUCACCCAGCACCCCGGAGGGCUGUGGCACCCAGGAUCUGCCCACAGAUCAGAGCUCCUCCUGCAGAGACCCUUCAACAAGCCCCUUCUCCUCUGACAGGACCCUGCAAGACCGCUUUGGGCACCCAGUCCCCAUUCCUAGACCAGCCUCCUCCCCCAGCCCUCCUCCUCCUCCUCCUCGCACCUCACUGACAGUGACCUCCACGGUCAUCACCAGCCCACCUUUGUCCAGCAGCACUAACAAGAAGGUCAAAAAGAAAUCCAAGAAGCACAAGGACAAGGAUCGAGAAAAGGAGAAAGGGAAACGUAUGGAAAGAGCCAAUGGAACGCCUCCGCCUGCUCCUCCUCCACCACCACCACCUCCUCCUCCUCCCAGUGUGGUGGAGCUGGUGGAUGAGAGUCGUAAAGCCAAAAACAGGCAUGGUGCUGAGGAGGAAAGGAGAGGUGUCAUCGACAAACAUCCUCACAAACAUCAAGAUAAAGACAAGCCAGUCCAGUCCACUGAAUUUUCCUCCGCGAUUGAGAUGCCAGACUACAUAGUGAAGUAUACAUCACUGGUGUCCAUGGACCAGCGGCAGAGCUACAAGGACGACUUUAACGCAGAGUAUGAUGAGUACCGUCAGCUGCACGCCCGUGUGGAGGGCAUCACCCGCCGCUUCACCCAGCUGGAUACCCAGUGCCGGAAGCUUUCACCUGGCACCAAAGAGUACCAGAAAGUGCAGGAAGAGGUGAUGAAAGAGUACAAGAAGAUGAAACAACACAGCCCCAACUACCACGAGGAGAAACAACGCUGCGAGUACCUGCACAACAAGUUGGCCCACAUCAAGCGGCUAAUAGCUGAUUUUGACCAGCGCAGAGCUCAGGCCUGGUGCUGAGAGGCACAGCACACCACAUCCUCACUGAUCAGUAUUUGAGAGCAGGAGGGGGCGUCCAACUGACUCUGAAUCAUGAAAUCCCCCUUCAGUUACUGCCUCCACCACACACACACACACACACACACACACACCCUCCCCUCUCCUUCCUUUCCCUUCUCUUCCCUCUUCACUCCUUCCUUCUUUAUCUGAUCUUUGAUUCCACAGGUGUCAUCGUUGCCUGCAAUCUUCAAAAUCUCACUUUUAGUUUUUUCCUCUCUUUCAUCUUUGGCUUUUCUCACUGAGCUCCUGUUGAAUUCCAGACCACUGGAUUAGUGAAAGGAGCAGCCUGCAUGUGUGACGGGGAUCUUUAUUUUAUUUUAUUUUAUUUUAUUUUAUCUUAUGUUUGGGGGGGAGGGGACGCUUAAACUCUUCAAUCUUUUGAGGAACUUAAUCUUGACACAAAAAAAAGAACAAAAAAUGUGUUUUUGAGCAUCUGAGAAAAUAUUAACCUGUAUUUAAGUAAAAAAAAAAAAAAGAAAAAGAGAGAGGGAUAUCUAUUUAUUUUGGGACUCGUAGUGCGAAAGGAGUCCACAGAUGAUAUAUUGUUUAAUUUUUCUUGAAAACAAUGCAAAAAAAGCGACCGCAGCCUUAUGUGUUAUGACUUUUUGAAGCCAUUUUGCACGGAAGAUUCAUCAUGGCCUCUCAUUGAUGUCUCUCCCGGCUCGUUUCCUCUCUCUAUACACAACUGUACUGGAUAACUCUGCUUCAACACGCGGGCGGCAGCGCUGAGGUUGAGGCUGCUGUAGAAGGGAAUGAGACGGGAUGGAGAGAAGUCCACUGAGCCCACUGAGAGGCAACAUCAGUAUGUGUGCAUGGAUUGUAAAUUUUGUUGUAAUGACCACAUGAGGUGGCACUAGGGGGGAAUAAAUGGGAGUAUGAUCCCUCCCAUCAGUGGGGGAGGCAGUAUUUCUUGCACCACCAGUGUCCACGGUGCAUUAUGGGUGCCUUAAGGUGUUUACGCUCAAAUUUCUCAAGUUGGGCCGAUCUUCAGUGGCCACGAGCCACACAAAGUACUACAACUUCCUGGGAACAGGUUGUGUCUGUGUGUGUGUGUGUAUGUAUGUGUAUGUGUGUGUAUGUGUUAGAAAGAUGUGUGAAAGGAAAUUAAAAAAAAGUGAGAAAUAUGAAAAAGAAAAAAAAAGCUGCUACGGUGUUUGUCCAGCCUGACAUGGCUGCAGUAACAGAGCCUGAUCUUAAAUGAAGAGAUGUAGAAGAUCCUUGUUUUUUUCCAGCGUGGUUAAACUCUGGAAAAGACUGAAGUGAAACCUCUUCAGCUUUAACCCGCUGCAAACACUCUUUGUCUUUUCUGUUUUUUAUAAAGAAGCAAAAAUGCGUCAUCCACCAGAAAACUGAUCUGUAUCUCAGCAGAAACUAUAUUUGACUCUCAGUUUGAGUUCUGCACAGUAGUGAAAGUGUUUUGUUUUUUUUCAGCAUUGAUACCGAUUGAGUUUAAUGGGUGGAUGAUUGACUUAAAUUUUUAUUUCAACAAGGGAAAAAAAAAAUCUGUUGACAAACCUGUGUUAGAAUGUUUUCCGACAAAUUAAAGAGAGUUUUCUGGUUCAGCAUCCUGGAGUAAAAUGUGUGAUUUAGGCUUCAUUUUGAGGAAACACAAAUACUGGAAUUGGUUUAAUUUACUGGAAACUUAAAAAAAACAAAAAGAAAAUGAAAUUAAAGUGUAUUAUUCCACUUUUAUUGUGGUCACUUCCCUCCGGACACUGUAACAAAGUAUUUGUUCUGCUUAAGUGGACAUGGGAAGGACGUGUGUCCUGUUUUGGGGGGAAAAAAAGUGUCACAAAAGAGGAAUUGAAGCAAAUAUUGACUUGUUCUUUUCACAUGUUUUGAUUUGGGCAUUCUGUCAAACAGUCGGUCUCUGCAGCAGACUGUCUGCGUUGGUCGUCUGUCACAGUCAUCGCUUGUUGUCACUUCAGUUGUAUUUUGGACAUAAAAUCAGCACUUUUGGAGAGCGUCCCUCACAAAAGCAUGUGAAAUAUGUGGAGACUACUUAAGAGUCAUGCUUACUACACCUGUGGGCAACAGGGUCAGUGUUGGAAAGUUGGAAGUUUUGUCCUGUUUUCCCUUGUAGUGGUCGUUUCCCAGAAUUUAGAGCUUUGCAAAGGACAAACGUUGACAGAUUGUCGGAGGCCAGAGUUUUUCCAUAAGGCCUUCAAACUAAGUGUUGCCUGUCACAGCCUUCCAAAGAUUACUGUCUUUAUUGAAAACAGAUUUAAUGAACAACAUGAAUGAGCCUGAAGUCAUUUAUCGUGGUUAAAGCAAAAGGAAGAAGAGGAAGUGAUAAAGUCCACUGAAAACGGUGAAUUCUGAGUAACAACUUCCUGCCUGACAAAUGUACCGACACUUCAAUAAAGAAAUCACAAGUUGAAA